AUACGGUUUGCCCGCGUUUUGAUAAUUUCAUUUCUGCAAAUAACCGCUUCAAUUCUCAAGAACUUUUUCAAUUUUCAAUCGUAGAUAGAGAAAAAGAGAAGGAAUCAAGUGAAUGUAUAUGUAUAUAUCAGAUUUCUCGAUUGUAUUGCUCAUCAGGAAACUGUAGUAUGAUGAUUCUUGGAUACAAUUUGCACUGGUGAAUUAGGUAUUAUCAUCUACUUGUGUACUCGUAAGCUUCUAAAUCAACCAGGUGGAACUGUGGAAGUUGAAUGAUACCUAGGUCGUCGUUCAAUAGAGGAAAAGAGAUUAGAAAAAAGUUAACGGAUAAUGAGUAUGGAUAUUACUGAGGUUACGAUUUUGCAUCAUGUUGCGCUUGUACUUCUUCUACUCUGGUGGCUAACUCUGUUCGACCGCUGCAACUCAAUUGCUUAUCUUCUAUCCUUCAUCUAUCUCUAUCUGGUUCAUGAUAGGUACUUAAUGAGAUUGAAGAAGAAGCUGCAGUUCGAUGAACGGAGACAAAAUAAUCAAAGACGGGUACUUUGUGAUUCUGAAACUGUGCGGUGGUUGAAUUAUGCAGUUGAAAAGAUGUGGACAGUUUGUAUGGAGCAGAUUGUUUCACAGAAAAUUCUUUUACCCAUAGUACCUUGGUUCCUGCAGAAAUAUAAACCAUGGACUGCGAAGGAAGCUGCAGUCCAAUCUCUCUAUAUGGGAAGAUCACCACCAGUAUUCACUGAAAUGAGGGUUCUUCGUCAAUCAACUGGUGAUGACCACUUGGUCUUGGAGUUGGGGAUGAAUUUUUUGACUGCUGAUGAUAUGAGUGGAAUCCUCGCUGUGAAAUUGAGGAAAAGACUGGGCUUCGGAAUGGUGGCAAAGUUGCAUCUGACAGGGAUGCAUAUUGAAGGCAAAGUAAUGUUAGGGGUUAAGUUCCUCCGCCAUUGGCCAUUUCUGGGCCGUUUGCGGCUGUGCUUCGUUGAACCUCCAUAUUUUCAAAUGACGGUGAAGCCACUUUUCUCUCACGGACUUGAUGUUACUGAAGUUCCAGGCAUUGCUGGAUGGCUGGACAAUCUUCUGGCCCUUGCAUUCGAACAGACACUAGUGGAGCCUAAUAUGCUGGUAGUUGACAUGGAGAAAUUCGUUUCCCCACAAGAAGAACCUUGGUUCUCUGUGAAUGAGAAGGAGCCUCUGGCUUAUGCCUUGGUAGAAGUUAUUGAAGCAGCAGAUAUGAAGCCUUCAGAUUUAAAUGGAUUGGCUGAUCCUUAUGUGAAAGGGCAACUUGGUCCAUACAGAUUCAGGACUAAGACACACAAGAAAACACUGUCUCCAAAGUGGCAUGAGGAAUUUAAGAUCCCCAUAUUUACAUGGGAGUCUCCAAAUACCUUAUCCAUUGAAGUCCGUGAUAAAGACCAUUUUGUUGAUGAUAUCCUUGGUGACUGCUCUGUGAACAUUACGGAAUUUAGGGGUGGGCAGAGAAAUGACAUGUGGUUACCUCUUCAGAACAUCAAAAUGGGGAGAUUGCAUCUUGCUAUUACUGUUAUCGAAAGCCAGAACAAGAUGAAAGAGGAGUUGUUUGAGGAUGAAACCUUAAAUGAGGAUUAUGAAGGUAAUUCCUCGAAUGAUCCAAAUCAGACAACUCGACAAAGUUCAUUCUCAUCUAAAGCAUCGGAGAAGUCACCAAGAGUGGCUGACAAAUUUGAGAAGUCACCAAGAGUGGCUGAUAAAUUUGAGCCGAUUGACAUUGAUGGACAAGAUGAGACAGGCAUAUGGGUGCAUCAGCCAGGAAGUGAAAUUCCACAAAUUUGGGAGCCUCGGAAAGGAAGGAGGAGUGGUCAUCUGGACCCACAAACCAAUGUGGAAGGUAAUGAAAUGGGAAGUUUCCAGUCGGGUUCCCCACGUGAGGGUAGCAGCACAGAUGAAAGUAUGGAAGGAAACAAAGAACAAUCAAAGAACAAAAUUAUGAGAGGUCUUCAGAAAAUAGGCGGAGUAUUUAACAGGAGUAACACUAAGAAAGAUUAUUCUUCUAGUGUCAUCGAUGAAGUAGUGCCUCCAUCCCCACAUGUGAAUCUGAAACCAGUCAACAGGAAGAAUGUUAAUUUAAAGCUGGUGGUGGACAAGAGUGAUCUUCCUCCUUCCGUGUCUUCCUCCGAUGAUAAAGCAAGUCCAGAGGGGGAACGUGAGAAGAACAUGAAGGGUAUCAUCAAACAUGCGGGAAAAUCUGCUGCUCGCAGUUUGAAACACGUGCUUUCCCGUAAAGGCUCGAAACUCAAUGGUGAGGCAGUGGGGGAGGUCUCUGUUGAUGGUGGUGAUUCAGACUCUUCAGUCGAAGAAACUCUAAUGCCAAUAGAUGAAGGGGUGAUUCUUCAUGUUGUGUCUAAUCCUACUCCUACUCCUGCUAAUAGUUCUUUUAAAUCUAAAGAAAUUACCGAGACAAGUUGAAGACUUUUCUGGGAAGGGCCAACAAACAUUCAAAGACGAUCUCUGAGGUUUCCAGAUUCAUUCAAACAACUGAAGGUAUGAUUCUCGUCGCUACUUUUCCUGCUCUUGUGUGUUUUCCUUUCUUUUAUGUCUUCUAGUAUGAUUUCUGUAAAUGCUGCUGAAUUGGUGUCUUUGUAUUGCUUAGAUUUUGGAAAAUGUGGAAAUGCAAAAUGAUUUGUCAAAUAUAUAUAGAUGGAGAUUUUGAGUAUUUCUUUGUACCUAAUAAAUAUACAAAUAGAUUUCCCUAUU